AACUUGAACUACCGCUCCGACCACUCUGUUUCCAGAUCGGACUUCCAACGUCACCGAAUUGGCCGGCGGCAUUGGCAUCUCAAUCUCGAUCUGGUGGUUCACAACAUGGUGGUCCUUGUGGUAGUAGCUCCGACGGUUGUCGUCGUGGUCUACGUCGGACCUCAAGGCGGCCCAGGAUGCCGCGAAGGAGGAGGCAGAGGAGGAUGAGAGCAGCUCAUGGUGGCGGUGGUCUUGAGCGGGACCGGAGUGGAGGAAGACGAGGAGGAGGAGGACAUGCAAGGGAAGUCCGGAAGGAGCGGUGGGAAGUCAGCUCCUCCGCCGUUGUAGAAAAUGGAGUCGUCGAGGAGAGCGUCGACCUGGGCGGCCUCACGAUCCCAGAUCUGAUGAUGGGUUUCUUGUUGUUGUUGUUAGAGAUGGGAGAGUAAUGGGUUAAUGGGAGAGACAGGGUGUUGAUGAGACUGACAAUGUAGGUUGGAAGUAGAAUGCGGUUGAUUUACAGCUGCCAAUCCACCCCCUCUUAAAUGUCGUCUUGAUUUAACUAUUUCCAAGGAUAUAUAUGGGUAUUAUAAUCAACAAUCAAACUCCGAAAUCCGAAUCCCAUUCUGCAGUAAGACACCGCCAGAAGAAAAAAAUGGAGUUCAG